CGCACUUUCUGAUUGGUCGAGCUCUCUUCCGUUUCCUGUGAUGCGCCUAGCCCAUCCACACACGUGAAGGUCUGUGAAUAUCUCUGUUCAAUUUAUAACCGAUUUCUGCAUGAACAUGGAGAACCAAGGAGCAACAGCAGACCCUCAACUUCAGCAAUUCAUCGAAAUCGAGUCCCAAAAACAAAGGUUUCAGCAGUUGGUUCAUCAGAUGACUGAAGUGUGUUGGGAGAAAUGCAUGGACAAACCUGGGCCAAAGCUGGAUUCCCGGACAGAGAUCUGCUUUGUGAACUGUGUAGAGCGCUUCAUUGACACUAGCCAAUUCAUCCUGAACAGAUUGGAGCAGACACAGAGGAGUAAGGGCUCCUUCUCAGAAUCCAUGUCUGAAUAGUCCAGCAACACCCUCCUCGACUGACAAUCAAGAUGUGGCUUACAGCAAUACCAGCUUUCUAUAUGGUGCAGUGAGAAUACUGUCCAAAAACCAGGGUGGGGAAGAAACAUGACGUUUUGAUAAAAGUUCCUUGGUUUUGCACCUUGCAUCAUGUCACCGAGACAAAUAAAGAGUCUUGGCCAAUUUCUCUCACCGAGCAGGACACAAGAUUAAUUCCACGUUCACGUGCUAGUCAGACCUAGGAAACUCACAUUUCCGACACGGUAACUGGUUGUAUUAAUACAUGUUCCGCUUUCAACAAAUUAGCAAGUUGUACACUUCCGAGUUUCCGGCUAUUAUUUGGUUAUUAGCAAAUAUCUUCAUAUUGUUUUUCUGAAACUGUUGUAAAUUGAAUGAAAGAGCCUGUCGCAUGUUGAUCAUAUAACUGAGAUGGGAGAUCUUUCAUUCGUUUGAUUUGAUAAAAAUCUUGACCAGCUGUUGAGGUUGUGUCCUGGGGCAUUGAAGAGAAGGGCCAAAUAAAUGGGACAGUCAAUUCGCCACCGCCUCGGAAAGCCACUGGAACUCACUGCAUUCAGUAUCAAGUCAGAGUACGAACAAUGUCUUGUUGGGAAAAGGGCAUAAUCUAUAGCUGAAACAAGUGUUCCAUUGUAUAUUUGCAAUAAACAAAUAUAUUGCCUA